CCGAGUCUGACUGGACGUCCGUGAUCAGCUUCGACAUGAACGCGGCGCCGGGAAGCCCGAUGUCACCCUCCAAACACUCCAAGAGUUCAGAGGAGAAGAAAUCAGUGUUCAGCCGUUUCACCAACCUUUUCAGCUCCAAGAGGAAGAAGAGCAGCAGCCGGAAUCAUUCGAGCACCUCCACCGACAGCUCCCCGGCGUCCCCCUUGUCUCCACGUUCACCCCAAUCUGAGCCAGAAAAUGGGUUAAAUGCUGAGCACAGCGACACCGUGAGCCAGAGCUCCAGCCGGAGCGCCUCCAGCAGGGCCUCGCAGGACACAGUAGAGGCAGACAUGCCCUUUGCAGACAGUACCAGCACCGGGAGAAGCAGCGUGAAGGAGCUGGAUGUAAUCAUGACUUCCACAUCCACAGACCCUGCAUCUGCCACCGAGCCAGAUCCAGAUCUCGGUUUGAAGUCAGAAGUGGGCUUCGCUGAAUCCGUGGUCGAGGAAGUGAGCAAACGGCUGCAGGUGAAUUUGGAACAAAAAGUACUGAAGAGACCAGAGAGCAGCAGUGAGGAUGAGAUCAUCAGCCCGACCACACUGACGUCACUUCAGAUCCCACUUUCUAAGGCUGUGGAGUCCCCAAAGUCUCCUAACCUAACCUCCAUAAGCUUAGCAUCAAAGAAAGCAUCGGUGAAGGUUGGAGAGAAGGGCCACAGCACGGCGCUGAGAGGAAUAACUUUGUUCAAACAGGAGGGAAAGCCUCCAGACCUGAAGAGGGAAAACUCAGGAGGACCCAGGACGAGCACUCGAAUAUCCACCAGCAGCCUCUCGGGGGAAAGUGCAACCACGAGAGAGGAAAAACCCCGAGGCGAGUCUCCUGUUGUGUUCCACAAAGCCAUAUGGGUGGAGACACACCUGGGAGAGGAGGAGGUGGAGUGGGAGAAAGAAAGGGAUGUAAUGAAAAAAGAGGAGGAGGGCUUUAGAGCAGACUCGCCUCCUCUUUUGGCCGUACCUGCCACAGUAAUUCCAGAGGACGACUCAGAGGAUCAGGGAGCACCAGAGAGCCCUCCCACCCCCUCAGAGACUCCUCCGCUCAGUGGCAGCCUGCCACAUUCACUCUCCUCCCUGUCACAGACUGUGGGGGAGGUUCAGACCCCCACAGAGCAGCCGGAGGGGCCGGACACAGACUCAACAAGGAGUUCUCCUCCAGUUCAGGAGCGACACCGGCCGAGAUCAAGCCGGGUCACACGCAGGACUGUGAGUCUGCCUUCGAAGAGCAAAGCUGUUGCCGAGGUGUACACCGGCCCCGAGCCGAGCGUGGACGAGGACGAAGGUUCAACUUCAAAGAGCUCAAACACAACAGAGGCGAAACCACGGCUGAUCCUCCAAAACAACAAUGAUGCUGAUUUUAAGGACACAACCCUCGAUCGGCCCACACCGGAAGACGAGUCUUCACCCGUUGAGGCAAUUACUCCGGAAGCCAUAGUUAAAGGUAAAACAGACUUGGAGGCCUCAGACUUCGAUGACACUUCUGCAGCGUCAGACAUGUACAAAAAGAAGCCAGCAGCUGCAGAACCAGCAGCAAGAGGCCAAGCAGCCGACCAGGCUGCAGCCCAGAAACGAGGAGUUAGAGGAGCAGCAGAAAGCCGGCAUAACACGGCGAGCGGAACAAAGACCCCGACCUCUGCAGCUGGAAACAAGGCCAAGAAUGUCCCAACAAAGGCAAAGGGCUCCACAGAGGGCACAAAAGUGGAAACUUCCAGUGAUAAUCCCACACAAAGAGACGGAGCCGUUGUUAUGUUGCCAGCAUUAAAAGACCAAAGUGCCACCGCUCCCUCCAGUGCUGCGGGUUCAAAGUCUAAAAUCCCCAAAAGAUCAACAUCAGACGCAGACGUGAAAUCGCCGGUGACACCAGAUAAGACAUCGGCGCCGGACACCUCAGGGCCCAAACUACAAAAACAACCUAGGACCAAAGAGACUCUGAAAUCUCCAACAACUGCAGCCAGACCUGGAAGGAAACCAAGUUUUGAGGAAACCAAAGGAGGAAAAUCGGUGUCGGGGAACAUUUCUCCCACGAAAACUAGGACCGGAACAAAACUCAGUAAGGACAAAUCAGAUGAGGACUUUGAGUCUGUGAACUUGCUAAAUGACGUGGAGAAUGAGCAGAGAAGCAGUAAAAGUGGACACCCACCACACGGGGAAAGUCCGGACGUCAAAAAAACACAGCAGCAGAACGAUGUGGAGAGCUCUCCGAAGAGCCGGCUGCCCGUUUCAUCUCCAACGAGAAAGAAGGUUGAUAUAACCUAUAAAAGGGUUUCAUCGGGACAGAUGGACUCGGACAGACCUAAAACAGUCCAGAAAACAAGUCCAGAGCAGAAAGAUGCAACAGCUGACGAGAGUCCUGGGAGUGAGACGCCACCACCGCUACCUGAAAGUCCAAAGAAAGCAGGAAGUGUCCCACCAGUGAAACCACCCAAAAACUUUUCUAAAAGAAUCCAUGUUGAGAGCGAUACUCCGACCUCCAGCAUCUCUCCACCUCCCACCAAACAAGAGAAAACUGUCUCAUCAAGAAUCUUUAAAUGGAAUGAAAACAUCAAACAGCACCAAAAAAUGCCUGCAAAAGAUUCACCUGAGACUUCGUCGUCUGUGAGCAAACUUCCCACAAGAGGCCAGAGAAGCUCCAGUAAACUAAAACCCAGACAGCGUUCCCAAAGUGGGAAUUCUGAGGACUCAAAUCACAACACAUCGAUAGAGACGGAUGUUAAAGCACCUGAAAGCGUCACGGCGAAUGAGCGUGACAGUGAAGGCGUAUUUAAAUUCAAGUCGGAGGGAGAGGAAUGUUUUAUAAAACACACCGAUGAAACCAAAGUGAAAGAAAAAGAGAUCGGAACCAGUACAGCAACUGAAGACAUUUCAAACAUCCAGCGGUUGCAAAACAGCGACGCAGAUAUUACAGAAAGUGCUCCAGACACAGGAGCCGAGGUGCAGUCGAGCUGCGAGAUCAACAAAGCAAUUCCGUCUCAAGUUACUGAUGGAAGUCGAGCGGGAAACGUGUCUGCUAUUCAAAAUAAAAACACAACACGAGAACCGAAAUCCCCGUCACUGAAAUCACUGAAGCUAACAGGAAACGUGAAACUGGGUUUAAUCCAAGAUAAAAACGCAGCACCACGAACUCACGACACAAAACAAGCUCCUGAAGAUGAAGCUGACAUGCCGAGCAAACCCGCUGAGGGUGACAGCGUUCAAAGGGAGAUACGUGCACGUAUUCCUGCUAAUAAAAUAAAUGCAUUCACUUCCAAGCAAAAGAUAAACAGCAGCAGUUUUCCUACUAAACUGAUGUCAAAGGAUGACUCAGAUCAGUCUAAACCAGCCAAUACAGAGCAGCAAAAGGAUUUAUCAAGGGAGGAUCAAUUAACAAACGAUAGGGACACGUCCCUGACAUUAAACAGGGCCUUAGCAAAAGAUGUUGAAGUAGAGGAGAAAAGCAAAGAGGAGGGUGGCAGGAAACCAGCAGAGAGGUUGGGCAUUCAAACAGAGGCUGUGACUGUUUGUGAAUUGUCCAAGAAUGUUGAAAAUCAGUUGCACAAAGAGGCUCUUUUACUCGCAGGAGGAUCUGAAGGGAAAGGCUCAAAACCAAAUGAAACGCUCAGUGACACAGCAGUGGAAAGCACUGAGUCACAGAAUAGUUGCAAAGAGGCGCUCAAGGGCAUAACCACAGAGAGAGCCAUUACAAAUUCAGAGAAAUCAGCACAUCUGUCAUCAGAGGAUAGACGUUUAUCAGCUGAAUCCAAGGAAGAAACACAGACAGGGGUUACAAACGCUCUGAAAGAACAAACGAGGGAGGAGCAAACAAUACUCCAUGAAACUACAAAACAGCCUGAGAUGCCUUUGAAAGAAAACACAGAGAGCAGCGGUGAGAAAACAAAAGCAUCAGAAGUGAAAAAUGAAUCCAAACUGCUUCUGACCAAAGAUGAGGAAGUCGGAGGUGAAGACACAAGUCUGCACGACAAACGUGACAGAGAUGUAAAAGGAAGACGAACUCCAGAAGUAAGAGACACAAACACAUUCGAUGCUGAAGCUGAUAAAGAAAAGAAGACUUUAUUGAAUGUGACUCGAGAAAACAAGAAGGCGGUCGCUGCUAAAGACCAAGGUGAGGACAUUACAACAAAGGCUAAUCUUAGUCAGGACCUUGCAGAGGUGAAAGCCUCAAAGAAGACAUCAGAAAAACAUAUUUUAAAAUCAGAUACAACUAAAGAAGUAAAAGGUGUCAGCACUGAAGCUACAGAGGAUUUGUCAGUACAUAGCUUGGUGAGUGGGACUGAAGCUGUGAAUGCUGACAUUAAAGCUAACAUCCAGGAAGACCAAAAGUCCAUAAUUGUUGGAGACCUGGAUAAGGACAUAACAAAACCAGUCAAAGAUCCAGAUGAUAAAUUAGACCAGAAACCAGAAAUAGUAAAAACUGGAGGUCAGGAGAAGACAGUGGAGAGCCAGAAUAUGGAUGUAACUCAAGACCCGAUCUCUCUAACUACUGAAGACACCAAAGAAAGGACCAAAACCAGUGAACUGUCAGUGGACAGUCUGGGGAAUGAUGCAGUGACUGCAGAUAAUGAAGUUGAACUUCAAGGUGAAAGUAAAACAAAACCAGCCCAAGAAAAAUCAGUUCAAGAGAAGACAGUGGAGAGCCAAGAAAAGGUGAUAGUUCAAGAACUGAUCUCAGUAAACACUAGUACAGAAGGUACCAGAGAAAAGACAGAAGUCAGUGAUUCAUCAGUAGAAAGCCUGAAGAAGGAGAUGGGAGAUAUGAAUGCUAAUAGUGUUAGCAAACAACAGACUGACCAAGAUGGAAAUGUUACCAAACCAGAGAUGAACCAAUCAACAGGUUCAAAAAGCAAAGAAAAGACCGAAAACAAGGAUGGUAACAAAUCUAGUCUAAAAUCUGGUCUGAAAAAGCGAGUAGGAAUAGUACAACCAGAGUCUGUCGUGGAGGCAGAAAUCCAGAUUCAAGACCUAAAGGUUGUCUGUGUUGAGGAACCUAAGGACAAGAAUGAGACCAAGGAUUCAUCAGCAGAAAGCUUGGUGAACAAGCCAAGAACUUUGGGUGCUAACAGUGAUGCUGGAAUCCAACAGGACCUGAAGUCUGUAAAGGCUGAAGCCCAAGCCCAAAAAGAACUGACUGAAUCUAAACUUCAUGAAUCUGAACAGAAACCAGAGACGGUCAGAGCGCAAGUUCAGAUUAAGACAACAGAGAUCCAAAAUACAGAUGCAACCCAAGAACUGACCUCAGGUGGUUCUAGUACUGACGAUACUAAUGAAAAAACCAAAGUCAAAGUUGCAUCAACUGCAAAUGCUGAUAAUGAUGUUAGCAAACAGCAGGUCCAGGCUCCUGUAACUGUUAGCAACCAAGAUGGGAGCAUAACAAAACAAGAGAGUGACAAAUCAGCAGAAUCCACAAGUCCAAGAUCUGCUCUAAAAGUAGAAUCUCUGCAGGAGGCAGCAGAAAGCCAAAAUCAAGACCUAAAGGAUGCUGAUGGAGCUGAAGAGAAAGGUGACACCAAGGAUUCAUCAGCAGAGAGCCUGGUGAGUGAGAAAGAAACUUUGCAGACUCAUAGUGAUGCUGGAAUCCAACAGGAUUUGAAGCCUGUAGAGGAAGCGAGCUCAACCACAUCUGAAAUUCAAGAUCAUAAAGUUAAACAGAAACCAGAGACGGUCAGAGCUGAAGGUCAGCAGAAGACAACAGAGAUCCAAAAUACAGAUGCAAUCCAAGAACUGACCUCUGGUGGCUCUAGUACUGAAGGUGCCAAUGAAAAGACUGAAGUAAAACUUGCGUCAAUUCCAAAUGCUAAUAAUGAUGUUAGCAAACAGCAGGUCCAGGCUCCUGUAACCCUUAACAACCAAGAUGGGAGCAUAACAAAACAAGAGAGUGACAAAUCAGCAGAAUCCACAAGUCCAACAUCUGCUCUAAAAGUGGAAUCUCUGCAGGAGGCAGCAGAAAGCCAAAAUCAAGACCUAAAGGAUGCUGAUGGAGCUGAAGAGAAAGGUGACACCAAGGAUUCAUCAGCAGAGAGCCUGGUGAGUGAGAAAGAAACUUUGCAGACUCAUAGUGAUGCUGGAAUCCAACAGGAUUUGAAGCCUGUAGAGGAAGCGAGCUCAACCACAUCUGAAAUUCAAGAUCAUAAAGUUAAACAGAAACCAGAGACGGUCAGAGCUGAAGGUCAGCAGAAGACAACAGAGAUCCAAAAUACAGAUGCAAUCCAAGAACUGACCUCUGGUGGCUCUAGUACUGAAGGUGCCAAUGAAAAGACUGAAGUAAAACUUGCGUCAAUUCCAAAUGCUAAUAAUGAUGUUAGCAAACAGCAGGUCCAGGCUCCUGUAACCCUUAACAACCAAGAUGGGAGCAUAACAAAACAAGAGAGUGACAAAUCAGCAGAAUCCACAAGUCCAACAUCUGCUCUAAAAUCAGAAUCUCCACAGGAAGCAACAGAAAGCCAAAAUAGAGGCCUAAGGGAUGCUGAUGGAGCUAAAGAGAAGUCAUUAGCAGAAAGCUCAGUGAAGGCUUUGCAGACUCAUAGUGAUGCUGGAAUCCAACAGGACUUGAAACCUGUAAAGGCUGAAGUCCAAGACCAAAAAGAACUGACUGAAUCUAAACUUCAUGAAUCUGAACAGAAACCAGAGACGGUCAGAGCAGAAGUUCAGGUUAAGACAACAGAGAUCCAAAAUACAGAUGCAACCCAAGAACUGACCUCAGGUGGCUCUAGUACUGAAGGUGCCAAUGAAAAAACCGAAGUCAAAGUUGCAUCAACUGCAAAUGCUGAUAAUGAUGUUAGCAAACAGCAGGUCCAGGCUCCUGUAACUGUUAGCAACCAAGAUGGGAGCAUAACAAAACAAGAGAGUGACAAAUCAGCAGAAUCCACAAGUCCAACAUCUGCUCUAAAAGUAGAAUCUCUGCAGGAGGCAGCAGAAAGCCAAAAUCAAGACCUAAAGGAUGCUGAUGGAGCUAAAGAAGAGGCUGAAACCAAGGAUUCAUCAGCAGAGAGCCUGGUGAGUGAGAUGGCAACUAUAGUUAGCGACAAGCAGAAUGGAGACAUUACAAAACCAGAAUUGAAUAAGUCAACAGAAUCCAAAUGUCCACAACCUGAUCUACAACAGGGACCAGCGACUGUAAAGACAGAAUCUACAGAUGACAUGGAAACCAAAACUCAGGGUUCUGUGGAAAAUAAAGGGAGUCCUGACUCCAAGAUCUCAUCAGCAGAGAGUUUGGAAAAUGAAAAGGCUAACAAUGAAAUUAUCAGUCAAAGGGACCAGAAGAGCACACCUGUCAAAGUUGUGCAAAUAAAGAAACCAGAGACAAUUACUGAACCUCACACAGCUCCAGGUACUAACCAGGAACAGAAAUCAAAGCCUGUAGCAACAAAGGAUCUGAAGAAAACAACUAAAGAUGCUGAAUUAACUGUAACAUCAAGUGUUUCCACGGCUGGAAAAGCAGCUGGCAAACAGGAACAGAAAAACCUCAUUAAAGAGGUUGUUGGAGUGGAUGAGAAACUAAAGGCUUCAAAGAUGAAUGCCAAGAAAGAAUCAUCCACUGUUGGUUCCAGCGAGGUGUUCCUGAAGGACAAAGACACAAAAGAAAAAAGAGAAACAGAUGUUCUAGGUAGUGCUUUCAGAAAAGGACUACAGACUGCAGAGAAAUCAUCCACUUCAUCCCAAAGUCUGCAAUCAAAUGCAGACUUUCCUUCCAGCUGGUUAGAUGUGGAAUCUCCUCAGAAGAAGAGAAGGGUCCACAAAAGAAGAUUUAACACGUCUGCUAGUGUGGAUGACCCUCUUGAUGCCGAUGAUUUUAUCAGGAACAUUAAGGAAGGUGGGAUGCCUUUCGCACUGCCUCCAAAGAAGCAUGUUCAUAAAAAGUCUCCACCUCCACAUUUUGUCUUGCCGGCCAUUAAGGAGGACCACUUCGAGAAAACGUUCGAUCCUGAGGAAUUCCAGUUUGGCUUAAGGAAAAAUGGACGAACCUUUAUUGACCUUUUACCUACGACAAUUCUUAAAAAGGGAAAUCAAAAGAAUGGGCAAACUCUGGAAAAAAAUGCCACACCCACUCCUGAACAGCAAGCAAAACCACUUGAUGAGGUUGAAGGUAAAUCUGGACUCCAAGAGGGGGCCAACGCUGAAGCAGGAAAAGAGGGGCAAGACAAUGGAGAAGAGCCUGUGAAGCUUACGUCAAGACUUAAUAAGAUUUCCAUCCUCUCCAGCUUACUUACCACUCGUUCCACCAGGAAGAGUACAGAGGAAGUUUCCUCUGCCUCAAAUAGCACACCUUCCUCUGUCCAGCAGCAGGGCAUGCCCCCACUCAGAAACGUGGAAGCUGCUGAUUCACCAAAGCCUGAGGCCACAGCUGAUAACGUGGGUGGGACGGGCGUAGAUCAAAGCCCGGUCACAGAAGGUGGUACAGGAAGAGUUAGUGAGUCAGUCUUUAGCUCCUCCUCUCCUCCUCCUCUUGUACUGCCCUCGUUCUCUGACAUAAAGCUGCCUGAACAUUUAGAGAAAUUACUGAAGAAGAACAAAAAAGAAACGGAGACCUCCACAGCGCAGACAAUUCAAACUAACCAGAAUACAAAGGAGAGCAUCGCUAUGGACCAGGACCUGAUAGCAGGUCUAACUAAAGUGGAUCUGAACCUGAAGAGCCCCGAAGAACUUCCUCCAAUCACCAACUACAUCCAGCAGCGCCCUUCAAAUGGAUUUCAAAAGACGACUUCAAAGCCAAAGAUUCCUGCAGUAAGAGGGUUCCACAAAAGGCCUGGAAAGAUCAUCAUACACGAGCAUGCUCAGUUUGGAGGAGAGGCCUUUGAGCUCUACUCUGAUGUAGAAGAUGCCACCACCAUGAAGCUGUCCCCCAUCAUAUCAGUCCGAGUCAUCAGAGGAUGCUGGCUCCUGUAUGAGAAGCCUGGUUUCCAGGGCCGUAUCAUCGCUCUGGAAGAAGGUCCUACAGAUGGCAUCGUGAAUGUCUGGGCAGAGGAGGAAAGUCCUGCAACACUAGAUGAGAUAGGUGAACCUAUUCCAACAGCGCCUGUGGUCAUCGGCUCCAUUCGACUGGCAGUGAGGGACUACAGCAUGCCCCAGAUUGACCUGUUCUCAGAGGUGAACGGGUUGGGCAGGAUGGCGUCCUACUUUGACGACACCGUAGAGGUCAGCUCCUAUGGCAUCCCACAGACCACCGGCUCCAUUAAAGUCCAUUCUGGAGUCUGGCUGGUGUACACCGAUCCAGGGUUUGGAGGGUUCGUGGGCGUGUUGGAGGUGGGAGAGUAUCCCUGCCCGGAGGCCUGGGGCUUCCCUGAGCCCUUCGUAGGCUCGCUUAGACCCCUCCGAAUGGGGCUGAUAAAAGUGGAGCGUCCCAAUGAAGUCAAGGCCUUACUGUACGAGAAGCCCAACUUUGACGGCGAGUGUUUAGAGGUUCACAGCGACAUCUACAACGUACGAGAGCCGGACGAAGAAUCCGACGAACCUGCUGUGAACAAGAAGACGCUGUGUGCAGUCGGGUCUCUGAAGAUCCUCGGCGGCCUCUGGGUGGGCUACCAGGAGGCAGACUUUGAAGGCCAGCAGUACAUCCUGGAGGAGGGGGAGUACCCUCACUGCAGCGACUGGGGGGGAUCUGAGGACGGGCUGCAGUCACUUCGGCCUGUAAUCGCAGACUUCCUGUCCCCGCACGUUAAACUGUUCAGCGAGCAGGACUUCAGUGAGCGGGGCCUCAGCACCAACCUGCUGGGACCCGUCGUCAACCUGGAGGAGACCGGCCACGGUGCGAAGACCCAGUCUGUCGACGUCACCGGUGGAGUGUGGGUGGCCUUUGAGAAGCCCGGGUUCAGUGGAGAGCUCUACGUCCUGGAGAAAGGCAUGUACGCAAACCCGGAGGACUGGGGAGCUCAGAACUUCAGGAUCGCAUCCAUACAGCCCGUCUUCCACGACAGCAUGGGAACCACAAAAUUCAAGGUCCAGCUCUACUCUGAGGAGCACUUCGAGGGACGGCUGGUGUGUCUGGAGGACAGCACGGCAGCUCUGGAUGAAGACUUCACACCCAGGUCCUGUAAGGUGCUGGCUGGCAGCUGGGUGGCAUAUGAGGGAUCCCAGUUCACGGAGAACAUGUACAUCCUGGAGGAGGGGGAGUACCCCAGCACGGAGGCCAUGGGCUUCCUGUCCUCAGACUCAAGCUUCCGGUCCGUCCGGACUGCAGGACAUGAGUUCUCUCUGCCGUCCAUCGCCCUGUUCACGAAGGUGGGCUGCAGAGGUCGCAGGGUGGUGCUGACGCACGAAGCUGUGAACCUGCAUCAGGCCGGCCUGGACGCUCGCAUACGCUCCCUGGUGGUGGCGGGAGGAAUCUGGGUGUUGUAUGAGGGCAGUAACUACAGAGGUCGACAGCUGAUCCUCCAACCAAGCCAAGUGGCCGAUUUAUUUCAGCAUAGCGGCUUUCAGCGAAUUGGAUCCCUCCGCCCAUUACUGCAGAAACCGACGUACUUCCACCUGAGGAACAGGGAGACGGGAUGCAUGAUGUCUCUGACGGGAACGCUGGACGACAUCAAGCUGAUGAGGGUGCAGGCCGUGGAGGAGACGGGGGGAGACGAGCAGGUGUGGCUCUAUCGGGACGGAUAUCUCACCUGCAAGGUGAUUGAGGACUGUUUCCUGGAGUCCUCGGGCAGCGUGAUGAUGGCGGGCAGCCGGAUCUGCGUUUCUCCCGAGCGAGGCAAAGAUAACCAGCUGUGGAAUAUCAGCCCGGAUGGUGUGGUUCACAGCAACCUCAAACCAGACCUCAUCCUGGAGGUCAAAGGUGGGCAUCAGUACGAUAAAAACCAGGUGAUCCUCAACACGUUUGAUGAGCGAAAGCUGAACCAGAGGUGGAGUUUGGAGCUGCUGUGACGACUCUCGCAGCCUCCUG